AUGUUUGCUUGGUGCUGUAUCGUGAUCAUGAUGUGCACGAUCAGCACUGGAGUACUAUCUCCUGCACCGAAAAAUGCUGAAGUUAAGGAAACAUAUGAUCGUCACUACUGGUAUGCAAAAGCACAGGAAACUCUAAAAAAACGCUUGCUAUAUGCAUCGGAAAAAAACCCAGUGGCAAAGAACGUCAUAUUAGUUGUCGGAGACGGAAUGAGUUUGACAACAACUACAGCUGCCAGAAUACUUCGUGGUCAAAGAAGAGGUCAGUCUGGGGAAGACACUGAUCUAGUGUGGGAUACGUUCCCCACGGUAGCAUUAGCAAAGACGUACAAUAUCGACGCUCAAACUGGAGAGUCAUCUGCUUGUGCUACAGCUCUCUUAUGUGGAGUAAAGGCGAGAUACGAGACUCUAGGUCUUGACUCUGGAGGUCGUUUCAACAACUGUGCUUCGGCAAUAAACUCUAAAGUUACUUCUCUGAUAGAUUGGGCCCACGAAGCUGGUAAAUCUAGUGGGAUUGUAACAACAGCCCGUAUAACACAUGCCACCCCUGCAGCUCUUUAUGCCCAUGCUCCUUCAAGGUAUUGGGAGGAUGACAGUCGGGUUCCCCCAACAGUACGGCGAGACUGCAAAGACAUAGCAUUGCAACUUGUUGAAAAUGACCCGGGAAAGAAUAUAAAUGUUAUUAUGGGUGGUGGACGGCGCCAUUUUCUUCCAACGGUUACGUCAGACCCUGAACAUCCCAACAGAGAAGGAAGAAGGCUUGAUGGGCGAAAUUUAGCUGAAGAUUGGGCUAGGGAAAAGAAAAGACGACGUCUAAGAGCACAGUAUAUCCACUCAAAGGAGCAAUUAGUGAAACUGGAUCCAAGAACUGUAGAUUAUGUUUUAGGAUUAUUUGAAUAUUCUCAUAUGGAGUUUAAUGCUGAGCGAGGCGUGGUAUUGGAUACUGAGGAAAAUAUAGGUUCAAGUUCAACAGUUAAAGCAGAUGACCCGUCAUUAGCAGACAUGACCCGUACUGCAUUAUCAAUAUUGUCUAAAAACGAUAAAGGAUUUUUUCUAUUAAUAGAAGGAGGUAGAAUAGACCACGCUCACCAUUAUAAUAAUCCUUAUCGGGCUCUUGAUGAAACUUUGGAAUUGGAAACUGCACUAUUAGCUGCCUUAGAGAAAGUAAACCCAGCGGAGACCCUAAUUGUGGUGACGGCCGAUCACGGCCACGUAAUGACUUUUGGUGGUCAAGCUACCCCUAGGGGUCAUCCAAUUUUAGGUGCUGAUACGGUAGUUUCCGACAUAGAUGGCUUGCGAUACACAACAUUGUUGUAUGGAACUGGACCGGGACACUCGGAACCGAGAACGUUGCCAUUGAAUGGAACUUCAACUACUCCGGCUGAUGCAGUGCACGCGGCAGCUGUGCCAAAACAAUGGGCUACUCACGGUGGAGAGGACGUACCCAUAUAUGCUUUAGGUCCUAUGGCAACAGUAUUAUUUGCUGGCGUUGUAGAACAAAGCUACAUUCCACAUGCCAUCGCCUAUGCGGCGUGUUUAGCUCACCAGUCACACCGUUGUCAUGAAAAUAUUUUAAACCUUACUAAGCCGGAGGUAAAAAUACAAAGUUGCAUGCAACCCGAAGUGAGUAGUGUAUCCGCAGACGAAGCUAGAAGUGAUAGUUCUAAUGUUCGACGAGUCAUCGUAGCAUCAAGCGUUAUGUCAGACGAACGUUUACCAAGGGCAUCCGCUACACUCUCCUCUCCGCUUAAGAUGUCGUACUACUUUAUAAUUCUAACGUUUCACUCCGUUGGAUAUCUCUACUCUAUCAUUAGAAAUAUUUGA